UCUCGCGUUUUCUCGAACACGUUUCUCGGAGCAGACGAAGGCCUUUUCGAAAGCCGGCGUCCACUCGUUCUGUUCAGCGUGCGCCUACCUGCUGCCCGGCUGCUCAGAAUCUGCACGUUUCCUACAACGUUUUUUUGACAGCCGUGCGAAGGCAAUCAUCAUGUCUCUAUUCCCGCUCAUCAACCGGGGCUCCUGGGGCCCGUCGGACUUGGCGAGGCGCUUCUUCGACGAAGACGACCUCGCCGGCUCCCUGCUUCUCGACGGUGAGAUGUACGAUCCGCCGUUCUACCACCAACGUUACUACGUGCAGCCUCGCCGUCACCAUAACCAGUCGUCGUCGACGCCAAACAGCGGCGGCGCCGGCGUUGCCUGUUCAGCUCGUCAGCAAAGCAACGGCACGAGCGCGGUCGCUUGCUCGCCGGACAAGUUCGCCGUUCGCGUGGACACACGACACUUCGCGCCCGACGAGAUCUCCGUCAAGACUCGCGACCACUGCGUCGUUGUCCACGGCAAGCACGAAGAAAAGUCGGACGACCGCGGCUGCUACGUUAAGCGAGAGUUCACCCGACGUUACGUGCUGCCCGAAGACGUCGAUCCCGAGUCGGUCGAGUGUCACAUGACUCACGGGGGACUUCUGUCGCUCGAAGCGCCGCGAAAGAAGUUCAAGAGGGACGACGCCAAGCCGAUUCCGAUUAAAGUUCAGCACGAAGGUGGCGGUGAUGCUUCUACUCCUGCGCCAGCUGCUAACGGCAGCAACGGAGACGCCUGCGACGAGGCCCAGUAGACCCCCCCACCUCCACCCCGCGGUCUAAAGCCUCCGAGAUCCGCGAGAUCACGGGCGCCAUGCGCGUUUCUUCUCGACAACGUUCCUGCCGUAACACUGCCAUUGUUCGUGCGUUGUUGCGUCUUCAGGCAUUCCAUUUUACACUUGCGCGAACUUUGUGAACUUUUCUCGUGCGAUCUGACGCCUUCUCAUUUUCUUGCGGUCGUGUUUAGACGGUGCGUAUGUUGAUGAAUCUUCCUCAAGCGGGAUGAAGCGUUCUUUCUUUGCUCGAGAGAGCAAGAAAAAUGCACAUAUAUUUGUUGCUAGUCUCUCCCCGGAACCUUAUCUUCCGAUCUGUUGUAUCUGUUGGCGGAGCAACUCUUGUAAUUUACAGGAGUUUGUGUCUUGUGUUUUCUGUAAGAGCUCACCUGUCACGUAGCGUUAAUUCUUUUCAUUUUAAUUUAUUACUGUAUUUUUUCCCGUCUGAUUUCGAGUUAACGUGCGUGUGAAAAGCUCUCGAGCGAUACGAGUGAACCUCAGUGGACUUCUUUGUAAGUGCUGCUUACUUGAGUUUCUUUUACACUUAAUAAAUUUUGAGUUUACCCUCUG